AUGCGCAAAGCAUUUUGGCUAACCCGCAAACCAGAGCUUCAGACGCAGUACUCGAACUACAAGAACAACCUCCAACAGAUCGCACAGAAGAUCGGCGACGUCGAGCAAGAAGCCGAAGAGCACAAGCUCGUACUAGAGACACUCGAACCGCUGCCCGGGGAACGGAAGUGCUUCCGCCUAAUCAACGGCGUCUUGGUGGAAAGAACGGUGAAGGAUGUAGUGCCGGCGCUUCGGAUGAAUUCCGACGGCUUGAAGAAGGUCCUGGACGAUCUGUUGAAGCAGUACAAGUCGAAGCAGGAUGAGAUGGAGAAGUGGAAGAAGAAGAACAAUAUCCAAGUCGUCCAGCAGUGA